UUGUGAAUUUAACCGUCAUAGAUCUCCCUGGAUUGACAAAGGUUGCUGUAGAGGGACAGUCGGAGAGUAUAGUUGAAGAUAUUGAAAUGAUGGUCCGGUCUUAUGUUGAGAAGCCCAAUUCCAUCAUAUUGGCAAUUUCUCCUGCCAAUCAAGAUAUUGCUACUUCUGACGCAAUAAAGCUUGCCAAAGAAGUUGAUCCUACAGGUGAGAGAACAUUUGGAGUGCUAACAAAACUUGAUCUGAUGGACAAGGGAACCAAUGCCCUAGAUGUAUGGGUUCUUUCUAUCAUGUUUAAGGUACUCGAGGGAAGAGCAUACAGACUCCAACAUCCCUGGGUUGGAAUUGUGAAUCGUUCACAAGCUGAUAUAAACAAGAAUGUUGACAUGAUAGUGGCCCGUCGAAAGGAGCAGGAAUAUUUUGAAUCCAGCCCAGAAUAUGGACAUUUGACGCAUAAAAUGGGCUCAGAGUAUCUUGCAAAACUUCUAUCAAAGCACUUGGAGACUGUUAUCAGGCAGCGCAUCCCAAGCAUUAUUGCUUUAAUAAAUAAGACGAUUGAUGAGCUUAACGCAGAAUUGGACCGUAUUGGCAGGCCUAUAUCCUUGGAUGGAGGGGCCCAGCUGUACACAAUUUUGGAAAUGUGUCGUGCGUUUGACCGUAUAUUUAAGGAGCACUUGGAUGGAGGGCGACCAGGUGGAGAUCGGAUUUAUGGUGUCUUUGAUAAUCAACUACCAGCUGCUUUGAAAAAGCUCCCAUUGGAUCGUCAUCUUUCUUCCAAUAAUGUCAGAAAAGUGGUUUCAGAGGCAGAUGGUUAUCAGCCACAUUUGGUAGCGCCUGAACAAGGAUACAGAAGACUAAUUGAUGGGUCUCUAGGCUUUUUCAAGGGCCCAGCCGAAGCUUCUGUUGAUGCUGUACACUUCGUUCUAAAAGAACUUGUGAGGAAAUCCAUAGCAGAAACGCAGGUAAACAAUCCUAAACCAUAGGAAACUUGUUGCAAAAAGUGAAGUAUGUUAGUGGCAUCAUAUUAGUCUUCACUGAG